UCUGGGUCUUCUUUCUUCUUCUCCUCCUCCUCGCAUUCUUCACGACCUCUCUGAAUAGAUAGAGAAAAAGAGAGAGAGAGAGAGAGAGGUUCUUAGCCAGAAGCUCAGGAGCACGUUUCCAAAACGCACCGUUUUGCAUUUUCUGAUCAGAGAACCGAAAAUCGAAAUGGAAGAGCAUAUUCCUCCGCCGAAUUCGGAUCCCGAGUUCAGGAGCGAGUUGACUCGGACCGGCGGCUCCAACUCGGCGUCGUCCUCCUUCGUUGCUCUGCGGACUUGCGCGCAUGCAACACCGGGCACAGCCACAGAGUGGACAAAUGAGAAGCACAGAUCGUAUAUAAAUUCCUUAGAAACAUCAUUUGUAAAUAAAUUGUACCAUUCCAGGCAUUUGCGGGACUGCCAUCCACAAAAGUAUGUUCAGGGGAUACAUCCAUCAGAAGAGUUGCCUUUCAAGACUUAUAAUUCUUCUGACCAGGUCAGGGAGUCAAAUCUGUUCAUUGUUGUUCGAGAUAGGCGUUCUCAGAAGAUCAUCUCUCCAAGGAAUGAAACUCUGCUGGAAAGCACCGCUGAUUCUAACGUCACUAUGGAAAGGCCCCAGAUGGAUCAUAUAGCGUCUUGUUUUAAGGGGACCCACCUAAGAAGGAAACCGACCUCAGAACACUCAAGUGUAAUCGCAAGAACUUCAGAGCAGAACCCUGCAUGUCAUCAGGAUUCAGUUGGCAGUGCUGCAGAAGUUUCGGGUCAGAACUUUGUGGUUGAGGACAACAGAGGGAAGCUAAACUGUGAAUUCAUACCAAAAAGGCUUAAAAGGGCUUCACCCAACUCUUCCAGCAAUGAUCAACUUGUGCCAUUGGGAAAUUUUGAUACAAAGGAGCUUUCAAUGGCCCAUAUUGCUUCCUCCGGAAGAGAAGAACAAGGGCAUCAUCAGUUGCUAUUAGAGGACCGUGAGUGCUUCAUCUGUCCAAAAUCUAUCUGCACUGAUUCUUAGCGGGCAGCUGAAUUGCAACUCAGUACUGAAGUUUAACAGGGGGAAUUCAAAAAUAUUGUUUGAAUAAAACAUGUCAGGUGGAGAGUAAGUUGCAAAAUAACAGUAAGGAGAAACAAAUUAACACCCUAGCCACGCACUGCAAGCAUAGAGUGAGAGAGGAAAACUCGCGAAACCCUAGACUGCUUUGCUAAGGAUGCUGUGGAUGAGUUGGCUGUCUGCCUUGUAGCGUCGCUGCAGCUGGUGGAUGGACGGAAACCUGUGGACCUCCGACGACCAAAAGGGAAGGGUCUGCGGUAUUUGUUUGGAAAGCUGUUGACGACCCGAGCGUUUAACAAGUAAGGUUCUAAAAAACUAUAGGCGUUAGUCAGACGGUGACUUGAGGACUAGCGCCUAGGGGCCUAGACGGGGAUUAGGUGGUUUUUAUUUUUUUUUAAAUUUUUUAAUUAUUUUUAUGACAUAAAAUAGAUAAAUAAUAAUGUAUAUGAACUUAAUAAUCAUUUGUAUUAUUAAUUAGAAAAAAAAUAUAUAGAUGUCAACUAUUUA